UUUAUGGUCCUGGGAUUCCUCACGUCAAAGGCAGACUGAAGCCUAUUAUCAGUGCUCACAGGUUUAUUCCCACAGAAAGUACUCCAAACCCCCUGCUUGCCAGUCCAGUCAGGCUCUGUCAUUCACUCAGCAUGAGGAGAUGGCAGCAUCUCUCUCCAAUAAAGACAGAUCCACCCUGUCCCUCCCAAUACCAAAGAGACUUUAUGAACAUCAAGCUACACCAUGGAGAAGCUCCACUGAAGAAAUCAGUCCACCUUUCAUCCACAAUCUUUCUCCGGACAAGAAGGAUCAUGAUAGGGCUUUGUUCCCCCCAACCAAUUACCCUAAUACCCAUGAAGCUGAACCUGCUUUGGCUUGUCACCAAGUUUCUUCCUGCCUUAAAAUAAGUGAAGAGACUGAUAAUGACACAUCAGGUGCACAGAAAGAAUACAGAAAUGCAGAGUGCUGGCAUAUCCCCAGGAAGAAGCUAGACCAUGCUGUAGGUUCGGAAAGCCAAGAAAAGUGGAAGCUACUUCUAUCCAACCCCACUAAAGAGGUCAUCAGUGGAGAAGAAGAUGGGGGCAUACUCUAUCACCAGUCAGAGGAAGGGGUUCAGCAAAUAGUGGAUUCCGAAAAUAUGCAGGCAGGUACAGCACAAAUGUCAGACCGAGGACAUGAAAUGCAGGAUGGAGUAACGUGUCAAGAGACAAGACAUUGGGAUGCACCCUUGCCAAAUGAGAAAGGAUCAUCCAAUGAAAUGCAAGGAUUUAUAUUCUUGGGAACCAAUGAGAACACUAGUUUAGAGAGAAAUUUGAAUUUGGUAUUUACAAGUAAAAUGGACAAAAGCUUCAAUUGUUAUUCUGAGGAUGCAAAGUCUGGGCAGAAAGAACAUAAUGACUUUGAUUACAUAGUUAAUACACAUGAAAUCAAAGUUGAACAUUCAUCUAGCAUUGAGGAUAAAGAGAUGUCAGUGGGAUGUCUUCUGGGCGCUCCAAAAAAGAUCUUGGUAUCUUCAGAAAGGGGAGAUCACAAGUGGGGUCACUGCCAAACUGAAAGCCCUCAGGAUGUGAGUCAGACUGUGACUGGAACAGCAGAGAAGGAAAACACAGAAAACCCGCUGGUGCAGUGUGAGGCCACCAAAUUAUUCCUGGGUGACACCACUGCUGAUAACCUGGAGAGAACCACAGAGGAAGGAAUAGAAGUAAUGGAGGUCGGUCUGGAAGUGCAGAGAGAGAGCAGUGCAGGCCUUGAUUCAAGCAGUGAAGAUAAAAUUGAGACUGAGCAGCACUGUUGUUCUGAUGUCCAAAUAAGAGAAAGCCAGUGUCAGACAGAUUAUAGAGGGGUCAGUGAGUUACCUGGAGGAGACAGUGAGCCAGGAGAGAGGGGGGAAGACAGAAAUGAGUAUGUGAUGCCACCUGUGGACAGCAAAAAUGGAAAAAAUUCAAAAGCACACUAA